AUGCCCCUGACGUGCUCAGACUCUCGGACUCACCGUGUGGGUUUGGUCCCCGGCCGCGGGGACGCGUGGGCAGGCGGGACUCUGCCGCCGCCGGAUUUGGGGUCCGAAAUCCCGAGCAAAGCUGCGCGUGUGUCCAGCGCACGUCCAGCCUUCCCCGGCCCUAGCGCCGCCCGCGUGCGGUCCGGGGCCCCCAGCCCAGCCGCCUCGGCAGCCGGUGCGCCCUGCCGGCCCCCAGCACCCACCCCCUCCUUGCCUCUGGGGUACUGGCAGGUGCUCCUACGGGAGCACAGUGCCCUGUGCUCACGGACCCCCGUCCCACCGCCCGACGAAGUGGGCAGUCCAGUGUCCUGUCCGCCGGGCCCCAGCAGACCGGGUGGGGGUUCCUCGGCGCGGUCUGGGGACGGCCCGAGCAGAAGGCGCAAAAAGCACCCGCCCCGGCGCCCGCAGACCCCCGCGGGACCAGAGCCCUCCCCGGAUCAGGCGCGGGCACCCGCCGCUGGGGUCGGAGCCCCGUUCCCACCCGAAGCCGGGAAACCCAAGCAGGCGCUGCAAGAGCCUCACAGCAGCGGCGGGGCGCGGGGCGUCGGACGCGCGCCCCGCCCCAGCCCUGCAGCCCCGCCUACAGCCCCUCCGGACCGCCCCCUCCCGCAGCGCCUCCGCUGCGCGUGCGCCUGUUGCCGGCGCUCCACAGCCGCAGUGCCGCCGCUUCCGCCAAGUCUGGGGCUGCCUCUUGCGGCGCCUGCGCACCGACCGUCACGUGACGGCGGAACUAAUCUGGCGACGCGUGCGCUUAGGCGCCUUUAG